AUGAGCUGCAACGGCUGUCGCGUGUUACGAAAAGGAUGCAGCGAGAGCUGCGUGAUCCGCCACUGCCUCGCCGGGAUCGACGGCGCGGAGGCGCAGGGCCACGCGACGCUCUUCCUCGCCAAGUUCUACGGCCGCGCGGGCCUCAUGGGGUUCAUCUCGGGAGUCGAGGAGAUCCAACGGCCCGCGCUCUUCCAGUCGCUUCUCUUCGAGGCGUGCGGCCGCACCAUCAAUCCCGUUUACGGCGCUUCGGGACUGCUCUGGACAGGCCAGUGGCAUUUCUGCGAGGCCGCGGUCGACGCCGUGCUUCGCGGAGGGUCGAUAAAGCCGAUAUCCGACACUUCCUCUCCGGCCGUCACUCUCUCGACCAAUCCUCCGGCUCCCCAGUUCCCCACUCCCACUGUCCGGCCGAUCGUAGCGGCUUCUGCUCUCCCUACUCCCACCAUGGUGACGUCAGCAGGGCCUGUCAUGAUGGUCGGAAACUCCGCUGCACCUUCCGCGUUCCCGCCGCCCGUGUUUCCCGGCGGCGCGCCGUUCUUUCCUGGGGCAAUGGGCGUCCUGAGGCCACGUGGCGGACUGCCCGCGACCGCGUCCGCGCUCCCCGCCUUACCUGGCGCUGCAGGGGGUGUGAGUGGGUUGCUCAUGGGCGGGUCUGCGGGGAGCUACCUUUCACAGCAACUGAUGCAACAGCAGCAGCAGCAGCAGCAGCAGCAGCAGUACGUGCAGCUUCAGCAACAACAGCAGCAGCAACAGCAGAUGACGCAUCUACACAACAUGUAUACUGCACACGGCAUUUACCAACCCAGUGCCGCCGUCUCCGUCCCGGCCGCUGGCGCAACCGUCAUGUCUGCCAGCCAGCCGAUGGUCGCGCAUGGUCAGAUGAUCUCCUAUUGGCCGGCUGCCCACGGGACUACCGCCCCCGCGACCACCUUUCCUAGCGCGGCGCCUGGCGGAGUGAUGAUGAUCGCAACGCCGCCACCGCCAGCUCAGAUUCCCGGGUUCCCCAUGACUGGCUUCCAACCAAUGACGUUCGGACACGUGGCAGCCGUGCAAAGCCAGCAAGUGCAGAGUAAUUCCGGACAGGCAGCAACUGGCGGUGCUGCUUAUCUACCCCCAACACACCAACAGCAGCAGCCGAGUGCUGCACCGCCGCAGCUGCAGCAGCAGCAAGCGCAACAGCAGCAGCUACAGCAGCAGCAGCAACAGCAAGCAGAGAGCGAGAAGCAGCAACGUCUACGGCCGUGCACGCCACCUGCUGUUCCGUCAGCAAUGGAGAACCACAAAACCCCAGCCGCCCCGGCAGCGGCAGCGGGCGGCGCGCGGGCGGCUCCAGAGCGCACGGAGAGUCCUGCCAGCUGUCUGUCCCCCAUGGCCAGUGGCGUCAGUGGGACCAGACCGAGUGGCUUGAGCGGGUCCAAGAGCAGCAGAGGCCCCGAGGAGAGCAGCGCGCUGCUGCUGGCGCCAGUGGCCAGACGCCCCAAGCUCAUGCAUGCCCCCACCUCAGGCUCGCCGCAAUUCGUCUCGCCGAACCUGCAUCUCCGGCCAGACCUCGCCAUGGGAGGCAGCAGCAUUGCAGGAGCGAGGGCAGGAUCGGAAUCACUAGACUCGCACGCAACUGUAGAGGUGCCAGAUUUCUACCCACCAGCCUCGUUUCCCGCACCAGGUGUUGCAGGCAACCCGUGGCGGUCCCUGUGCAGAUCUGGCAUAGAGGAGGGGAUGCAUCAGCAGCACAGCAGCACUUUCCUUUCUGCGCAUGAAAAUGUUCACGGGAAGCAGAGCUCUCCUGCGGGAGGCUCCCCGGUGCAGCAGGGGUGGAGCGGGAGGCUCCCCGGUGCAGCAGGGGUGGAGCGCGGGGCUCCCCGGUGCAGCAGGGUGGAGCGCGAGGCUCCCCGAUGCAGCAGGGGUGGAGCGCGAGGCUCCACGGUGAAGCAGGGGAGGAGCGGGAGGCUCCCCGGUGCAGCAGGGGUGGAGCGCGAGGCUCCCCGGUGCAGCAGGGGAGGAGUGGGACGCUCCCCGGUGCAGCAGGGGUGGAGCGGGAGGCUCCCCGGUGCAGCAGGGGUGGAGCGCGGGGCUCCCCGGUGCAGCAGGGUGGAGCGCGAGGCUCCCCGAUGCAGCAGGGGUGGAGCGCGAGGCUCCACGGUGAAGCAGGGGAGGAGCGGGAGGCUCCCCGGUGCACCAGGGGUGGAGCGCGAGGCUCCCCAGUGCAGCAGGGGAGGAGUGGGACGCUCCCCGGUGCAGCAGGGGUGGAGCGCGAGGCUCCCCGGUGCAGCAGGGGUGGAGCGCGAGGCUCCCCGGUGCAGCACGGGUGGAGCGCGAGGCUCCCCGGUGCAGCACGGGUGGAGCGCGAGGCUCCCCGGUGCAGCACGGGUGGAGCGUGGGGCUCCCCGGUGCAGCACGAGUGGAGCGCGAGGCUCCCCGGUGCAGCAGGGGUGGAGCGCGAGGCUCCACGGUGCAGCAGGGGUGGAGCGCGAGGCUCCCCGGUGCAGCAGGAGGGGAGCGCGAGGCUCCCCGGUGCAGCAGGGGUGGAGCGGGAGGCUUCCCGGUGCAGCAGGCGUGGAGCGCGAGGCUCCCCGGUGCAGCAGGGGUGGAGCGCGAGGCUCCCCGGUGCAGCAGGGGUGGAGCGGGAGGCUCACCGGUGCAGCAGGGUGGAGCGCGAGGCUCCCCGGUGCAGCAGGGGUGGAGCGGGAGGCUCCCCGGUGCAGCAGGGGAGGAGCGGGAGGCUCCCUGGUGCAGCAGGGGUGGAGCGCGAGGCUCCCCGGUGCAGCAGGGGUGGAGAGCGAGGCUCCCCGGUGCAGCAGGGGUGGAGUGCGAGGCUCCCCGGUGCAGCAGGGUGGGAGCACGAGCGGUGCAGCAGGGGUGGAGCGCGAGGCUCCCCGGUGCAGCAGGGGCGGAGCCGGAGGCUCCCCAGUGCAGCAGGGGCAGAGCGCGAGGCUCCCCGGUGCAGCAGGGGUGGAGCGCGAGGCUCCCCGGUGCAGCAGGGGUGGAGCGCGAGGCUCCCCGGUGCAGCAGGGGUGGAGCGGGAGGCUCCCCGGUGCAACAGGGGAGGAGCGGGAGGCUCCCUGGUGCAGCAGGGGUGGAGCGCGAGGCUCCCCGGUGCAGCAGGGGUGGAGCGCGAGGCUCCCCGGUGCAGCAGGGGUGGAGAGCGAGGCUCCCAGGUGCAGCAGGGGUGGAGCGCGAGGCUCCCCGGUGCAGCAGGGUGGGAGCGCGAGCGGUGCAGCAGGGGUGGAGCGCGAGGCUCCCCGGUGCAGCAGGGGCGGAGCCGGAGGCUCCCCAGUGCAGCAGGGGCAGAGCGGGAGGCUCCCCGGUGCAGCAGGGGUGGAGCGCGAGGCUACCCGGUGCAGAAGGGGUGGAGCGGGAGGCUCCCCGGUGCAGCAGGGGUGGAGCGCGAGGCUCCCUGGUGCAGCAGGGGUGGAGCACGAGGCUCCCCGGUGCAGCAGGGGUGGAGCGCGAGGCUCCCUGGUGCAGCAGGGGUGUGCAGCAGGGGUGGAGCGCGAGGCUCCCCGGUGCAGCAGGGGUGGAGCGCGAGGCUCCCCGUUGCGGAUUUGGGGAUUUGCAUGCACUCCCUUCACCCUGGGGCAAAGUACUGGGUCUGGGAGAGAAGGCACCUAA